AUGCCGUGCCUCCGUGGAAUCGAGGUUUCCCUCGUGACGGGGUCAUCGGACGAGUGUAUUCCCGAGUUUCCGCAUCCCGAGGGCUCGUCCGCCCGCUUGAUCAGUUCUCAUGGCGGUUCAACAAAGCAGGAAUCUAUAUCGACACGCAAAGCUGGUCCCACGAUCGCGACGUACAUACCGUCCGUGCCAGGCCACUGCUUCGCGAUCAAGUACCACCUCAACGUUGUACCCCCCUCGCCUUGCAAGCAUAUCGUCUUUAAACUGUUCUUGAAUGGCCGAGCGAUUACCACAUGGGGCAUUGACCCAACCGAAAAACAGCAUGGCACCGUUGUCAAGUCUCUGUGGGCGCCUGGCCCAAGCUACAAUGGACAAGCAGGCCUCGAGUGUCGCAACUUUGUUUUUCUUCCGGCCAGGAACAGAUCACCUGCUGAAGACGGCGGUCUUAUCGAGGUGAAGGUUUUUAGGGCGCGAGAUAGAAAGGCUCAAGCGCCCAGACUGGAGGAGUUCCACCCUCAGAAGAACUAUGGCAUCGCUUCUCCCAGUAUCGGCCUCGUGGAUCUUCCUCAGGAAGCCCGCUACUAUGUUUGGCAUCUCAUCGAUCCCAAAGAUUUGCCUUUUGCAACAUUCAGGUUCCACUACCGCUCCUGGGAAAGCCUUGAGCAGCUGAACCUCAUACCACCGAGAGAGUUCGAGUUUGUACGAUCCCUCUCUACCAACGUACUAAGCCGCAGCACGACAAUGGAGUUUGCCGAAGGCAUGCUCCGCCACGUGGAUGAUAGUCAAGCGACACUGUUCACAAAGAACAACCAUGGUGACGAUAGUCAAGAGGCACUGUUUACGAAGGAAGAUCAUGGUGACGAGGAGUCAAUCUCAUUGGUCACGACCGAUGACUACGAGGACAAGGAGUCAAUCUUUGAAGAAAGCAAAACCCACGGUAAGAGAGGAGACCAACCUAACUACUCCCUCGGAAGCCCUCCGAUUGUGUUCCCUCUAUCUUCACUCUCUGGAAACAUCCCUCAGCCAAGCAAAGCCCUCCGAGAUGCUUACCGCGACUCGUAUCUCCAGCGGCCCUUGCCAGAACUCCCACGCGAAGAGCCGAGCGUCGUACCACGGCGUUCCUCAGAAUCUUCUGCUGCGUCUAUUUGUCCGUCUCUGACUCCUUCUCUCAAGAAACUCGUUGACGAUGGCGCCUUUGACGAUGAUGCUGCUUUUGAGAUUGGCGUGGCGCGGACCGUUACACUGUCCAAUCCAAACUCUUUCGGCACCCCGGUCAAGAAGAACACAAGGUCAGAGACACUCGAGGACAUUUCCAUGUCAGACUAUGCGACAUCGCCAGCUUCGACCAGCGAAUAUUACCCAAGCAAGGCCCUAUCUCCUGGCCGAUACCUACCAACGACCGGCAGCAGUUUCGACCUUGGUCUUGAAGGCUUUACCCUCACCCCGCAAAAGGAAGAUGCGGCUCCAGUUUCUCAGACAGAAUCGGAUCGAAAAGUGUCCACAAAAUAUUCCAUGCCUCCCUGUCACAAGUCUGAGCAAGACCUGUCCCGGGUGACGAGACUCAGGUUGUCAGAAUCAGAGUGGAUGAGCCGAACACCUUCCCCUCUCGAAGGGGAGCAGGCAAACACUGCCAGACGUCUAUGGAGCCCUCCUCCUAGCACCUCGGCACGCACUGGCAGGUUUUUGGGUUUCCGGAAGAAGUCUUCGGAGAGUCCCGAAGAGGAAGAAGUUCGUUCUCGAGUCGUGGGCAACUGGAUCUGA